AUGCCCUUACAAUGUGAAAUAAAGAGCUGUAAAAAUGUUCCUGCUUUCGUUUGUGUGUGCUUAGAAAAUGAACAUUUACUUUGUAAGGAGCAUUUUAUGAAUCACUUAUUCACCCACUAGUGAGUGAGCAACACCAUUUUCAUAAAAAUAUAUUGAUUAGCCAUUAAAAUACAAAAUUAUACGCACGGCAAAACAGUGUUAGCAGGUGAUCCAACUAGUAUUCUAUUUUUCCUCAAAAUGAGCUAUUUUGAAGAAAGAAAGAUAGGACACUGGUAGCUUGUUAAAUUAUUUCCCACGUGUAAAAAUAUCUAUAAAUAUUUAUAGGUUUUUCCUUUGGAUAACCCAAUAAGGCCAUGAUUUGUCCGCUUUUUUCAUUUUGGUCGGACCAAAUUGAUAAAUUUUGGACAGACCAAAAAAAGUGGUUAAGUCAUGGCCUUAUGGGGGUUAUUCAAAGAAAACCUUUAUUAUAGAAAUAAAAUGGCGACGUACGGAAAUUUGACUCCGAGGCGCACUCCCUGUGGGCAGGUAGAUGAAGCUUAAAGUAGGGCCUCUGCUCCUUUGGAGGUACUCUUUAGGCUUGGGGAUGUCUUAUCGAAGAGGGAAGUUUUGUUUCUCCCUAAGGCUACUAUUCAGGUUUGCCUAACACAUGGUCUUCCCUUGUCAGGACCAUCAGGACAUUCUGCAGAUGGUGGCUCUGCCCUAUGGGAUUCAGAUUCCAUUUCCCUCGAGUCUAUGUGGACUUGCUUUUUGGAGUCAAGACAUCGCAAAGGUUAAUGGAUUGCCCUCUUGCGACCAUCUUAACAGUUUAAUUUAGCUAAAUACUAUAAAAACAAUAUUCUAAAUAUAAAUUUCGUAAAUUUUUUCAUUUCAUCUGUUUUCAAAUUAUAAUUUUUUAUGCUGUUAUAUAAAAAAUUACUUCUCCUGCAACUAAAAAAAGCAUUUCUCAGGGUGGCGAAGUUAGGAGAUUCAAGUAAAACCCAACACAAAAGCGUAUGCUUGCUUCCAAGAAUUUACUCACCUAUCAAUAGUUGCAACAAUGAGGAUAUAAUAUCAAGCAAGUGCUACGAGAUCUCAUAUUACAAGAAAAUUCCUGAUACAACUAGCAGGCUUUUAGUAUAUAUUAUCCAGUAUGCUGAACAAAUUUUUUCUCUCAAUUGAUCAAAACGCAAAACUCAUACAAGCUUUUCACAAAAUUCCUGCUACGCAGUCAAGCCCGAGUUUCUAUUCCCAAAGACUAUUUGCUCUGGUGUCAUCUAUAGGCAUAAUGAGCUCAAUUAUAAGCUUGCCAGAUCCCUAAGUGAUCAUAUUCUCCAAAUAUCCAGUCCUUCCGCAUUAUUGAAAAGUUAUGUCAAUAAAAUCAAUUUCAUAAACCACAAAGACUUUUUAAGCUGCUUCAAAAAUAUAAUGACUGAUAUGCUUACUCCCCUAUCUUUGAUCAAGUGGCCUGCCAUCGUUCGAUCAAAGAUGAUAUUAAAAUUUUUUGGAAAACAUCAUGCAAGUUGAUAUUUAUUUUAUUAAAAAUUUUAUACACUAGGAGAAAAGAUAUAAAGCAUGAAAUAUAUUAGCAAAUAUACUAGAAAUCGCAUUAUAAUAAUUUAAAGGUGAUUAUAUACUCUAAUACUGAUAAUAUAAAAUAUAGAAAGUUAAAUUUAUGCUUGGCUGUAUAAAAAUUGUUCUAAUAAGGAUGGGGCUAAUUUUCCCAAUUUUAUUUUACUCGAUCAAAAGAUAAUUGGGAGCUAGAGAAAAACUUUUAGACAUUAUUUUACAAUCAAAAAUUAAUAAAAAACUGAAAUAUUCAGCCAGCAAUGCUAUAACUAUCUUAAAUUACUCCAAAUAUAAUUUUAUCAAUAAAGAUUUAAGAGGCAUUCAAAUUGAAGGUGCAGAUUUAUCAGAAGCACUCAUAAUAAAUACAGAUUUCCAAGGAAGCAACUUAAAACGGGUCAAUUUUUCGUAUGCAAAUAUAUAUGAUUCUAAUUUCCGUAACUGUGAUUUAUCAGAUGCUUGGCUUGGGCAGAUUCCACCAGUUAUAAGCACAUAUCCUGCCAAUUCUGUCGCUUUCUCAUUUUGUGGAAAUUAUUUAGCUUUUGAUUGCCGCAACACUGUCAUUAUGCAUGAUAUUAAAACAGGCCUUAAAUUCCAAGAAUUCAAGCACAGUACAAAUAUUACUGCAAUUUCUUUUUCAAAAGAUGGAACUCUACUUGCUGUAGCCGAUAGCAAUUAUAUAGUAAAUUUAUGAGACAUUAAGUGUAAAAAGCUAGUUACUAAAUUAGCAGGCCACACAGACACCAUUUCUUCAAUAGCUAUAUCACCGGACAGAAAUUUCGUGGCAACUGGAAGUUAUGAUGACAGUUUAAGAAUUUGAAAUAUUGAAACAUAUAUGCGAGAUUACUGUAUAAGCUAUGCUAAAGAUGUUGUGAGCUCAGUCGCGUUUUCUUCUUGUGGAAAAUACUUUGCUUAUGGAACUCAUUGUAAAUCUGCAAUAGUUUCUUAUGUAGAUAAUAUAAGUUCUCGUAAGUGGGUAUUUUACCAUUCUGAUUCUGUAAGGGCUGUUUCCUUUUCACCAUGCUCAAAAUAUUUAAUAACUAGCUGUGAAAAUCUAGUUAUAACAAUCUGAGAUCUAGAAAUUGGACGUCUAAUUAAAAAAAUUAGAAAAGAGUAUCACCCUAUGCACAUUUUAAAACCUUCUAUGAGAUAUCACUCUUUUACUGAACAACAGAUAUCAUUCCUCAAGUUUUUAGUUAACUCCCCAUGAACGAGCACCGAACAAAAAUAUUUUAGUAUAAAAUUUUAUUAUAAAACUAUUUUUAUAUAAAUAAUAAUUUUUAUAAUGAUUUCUCUAACUAAAUCUGUUGAAUUUUAAAUAGCUUUUGCAUUUGAAAACAUAUAAAUUUUACAAAUUAAAUGAAUUUUUAAAUUGGGAUUUUUUAAAUUUUGAAAAAAUAAAUUUUACUAUAGAAUUUAUAUCGUUGAAAAAAAUUUUGUUUUAGCUCAUAGAGGGGGGAGAAGCACAGCCACUCAGAAGCUAAAUGAUUCAAUGAGCAGCUUUUCAACAUGUGAUCAGUCUCUUAUUCUCCUAAUGGAAAAUAUAUCGCGAUAAAGAAAUCAGAUACAUCAGGAAAAUCAAUAGAAAUUUGAGACAUUAGAACUUUAGAGGAGCAUCCUUUUUUGUAUAAUGAAAUUACCACUAUAUCUUUUUCUUAUGAUGGGAAAUAUAUUGCAGUGGCAGACACCUCAAGCUUAAUCAUGAUUAAAGAUGCCGAGACAAAGAAAAACAAAUUUAAACUUAAAAGCAGCAAAGGAAUAAUUAUUUAUGUCAAAUUUCUGAAAUUUGGGUAUUUCCUUAUAUCAUUGUGCUCAAGGAAUUAUAUCACUGUUUGGGAUGCCGAAAAUCAAUAUCCUUUAAAAGAAUUCAUAAUGGGAAACAUUCAGGUUUCUGCAAUUGAUAUAGCUUUUAACGAUAAAAUUAUAGCGACUGGACAAUCUAACGGUGAAGUUAAGGUGUGGGAUCUAACGGCUCCGUCAAAUUAUUUUUUUUUAAAAUGCAGCGUAGAAUUUCUCACUUGUAUCAAUUUUUCACCAUGUGGGAAAUAUCUGGCUACAGCAUGCAAUAAUAAAAAGCUGCUUUUAUGAGAACUUGGCGGCAGAAAAUCGUUGGAAUUGGAUGGCCAUAAACAGAAUUUAUUAUGUAUGAGCUUCGUUCAGUCUACAAAUUAUCUGGUUUCAGCAGAUGCAGGUGGGCAAGUUAUACUUUGGGAUAUUGAAGCGCAAUGGAAAAUUUUAGAAAUUCAAGCUGAUGAUCAGAUGAUACCUUCAAUAGCUGUGUCUUUAUGUGGGGAUUAUUUGAUAACUGGAACCUUAAAUGGCUGUGUCAAAAUAUGGAAUACUUGGGAAGGCACUCUGAUUAAAGAAAUAAAAUAUCAUUCCAAUGCAGUUGACUCUCUUAAGUUUCUCAACAAUAAAAAACUUGAGUUCGCUUCUGUAAGUGCUGAUAACACUUUCAAGCUAUGUAGACUUUAG